AUGAAGAUACAAAUUCGCCCACGGCAGCAGCUAUGGAAAUUCAAAAACGAUAAUCAAUCAGUAACAGCAGCAACAACAGCUUCUAAUCCAACGUUAGCAUCAUCAUCAUCUACUCAAUGUACAAUUACAGGCCGCAAAUCAACAUCAGCUGUUUGGGAGUUCGCCACGAAGAGUGAUGAUGGAAAACAUGCUACAUGUAAAUUAUGUAAUUAUACUUGUACUAGUUCAAAUCAUUCAACAUCAACCAUUCGUCAUCAUUUAAUUCAGAAACAUAAGAAGUAUCAUCUAUUAUUAAAUACAAAAGCAUCAUCAUCGAGCACAAAUAUUCGAGUAUCAGAGCAUGUAAAAAAAGAAUUACAUAAUUUAUGUUAUAAUGCCAUCAUUACCGAUAGUCGAACUUUUAAUGACUUCCGUAAGGAAGGCAUGAUGACAAUAUUCAAUCGACUGAUGCCAGGCUAUACGCCACCACAUCGUAAUCAGGUAUCAGCACAAAUUAAAAAAUUGUACCAUUACCACUACAAAUUACUAAAGCAAGAGCUUGAAGAAGUUGAACAGUUAGCGUUAACAUUUGACUUUUGGUCUGAUCGUCAAGCCAAUUCGUUUCUUUGUGCUACAGGUCAUUGGAUUGAUUAUGAAUUUCAUUACAUUUCUAAAAUUAUCGAUUUUUCCUGUUUUGAUGAACGGCAUACGGGAAUUAACAUAUCAAAUUAUUUGAAAGCCAAACUCAUAUCAUUGAACAUUCAUGACAAGGUGAUUUCCAUCACUUGCGAUGGAGCUGAAAAUAUGAAAGUUGCGUGUCGUCAUCUUGGCGAUAAUAUUAAACGAGUUUGGUGUUGUGCUCAUCGUUUACAUCUUGUGAUUACCAAUGCUUUGGGAUUCUGGUUUAAAGAAAAGUCUGUUGAUAACGAAAAUCGGUCUUCAUCGAUGACACGUUCAACUACAACAACGUCUACUGUUAUUUCGACGCAAGAUGAUGAUCUGUUGAAUAUGAGUUGGUCUGAUGAAAAUAAUGAAGAUUCUUCAUCAUCUGAUGACAAUAUUGCUGAUGUUGAUAUGUCUGAUGCAGCCGAUGGUAGUGCAGAUUCUGAUAAUAUUAAUGAAGCUGAAGGUGCUGAAGGGGCUGAAGGUGACCAUUCAACUAGUGAUCAAGAUGAUGAUGAAUCAGGUGAUCAACACGCAAUAGUUGAUAACUGGUCGAAUGAUGUUGAAACUGAUCUUAAUCCGAUUGAAGAAUUAAUCUUGAUCAUGAAUUUGUUGAAGAAAUGUCGUACCAUUGCAACAAUUGUCAAAAAAUCGUCUGUUAUUGCUGCAUUUGUUCGAAAAGAACAGUUAUUAUUGAAAACUAAGAAAAUGAUCCGUAUCGAUUGUAAAACACGUUGGAAUUCUACAUUUCUUCUUAUUGAAGCCACCAUCGAAUGUAAACAAGUAUUAAUGAAAUUAUUUAGCGAAAAACGUUCUUUUAAUUUGCGAUCGGAACAAGUUAAUAGAUUAAUAGCUGUUGAAUUAAAUAAUGACGAAUGGGAUUUUUUGUCAUCAUUAAGAUUCGUUUUAAAUCCGUUUUAUCAUGCUACUAAACUUAUGUCUGGAAAGAACUAUCCUUCAAUAGGAUUAGCGUUUCAUGCUAUUCACAAGUUGAAACAUUUUUGUAGCAAAGAUGAUACGUAUGAAGAGAAAAUCAAACAAAUGAAGAAAUUACUAUUGGCAAAAUUAAAUUACUAUUUUUACGAUGAUUUGGAACAACAUGAACACUUAGAAAAUCAUUCUUAUUUUGAUCCUGCAGCUCAUUUGACCUUAACAGAAAACGAAAAACAGCGAAACGAACGAUAUAUUAAAGAUUUAAUACUUAAUGAUGUUUAUCCACAACAAUCUUCUACAAGUGAUGGAUCAAAAGCUUCUUCAUCGUCUAAUGCUAUUUCAACAUCGUCAACAAAAUCGUCUAUUCAAUUGCCUCAAUCACUUUCAAACAAUCAUACAAAUCCGUCCACAUAUGAUGAUUUUAUAGCUGCUUGUGGUGAUGAUGGAAACAUAAUCGGUGAAAGUAACAAGGAAAGAAGUAAACGUUUAAGUGUGAAUGAAGAAUUGAAGUACUUUAAACUGGCAGUACAAGAAUUUAAUUUGAAAAACAAGCCAUCAACAACGACGGCUAUGCGGUUUUGGAAUAUUCACCACACGAAGCUGCCACUUUUAUCGCGUCUAGCCAGAAUUCAUCUGAUUGCAUGUGGCACAAGCGUACCAAGUGAAAGUGCAUUCUCGAUUUCAGCUCACACAGCACGUAAGGAGAGAUCGCGCCUUUCUUCACAAAAUUUAUGCUACUCUGUAUUCUUAAAAGAUAAAAUAAGUAAACAAAAAUGA